AUGUCUACCGUUCAGAAGGUGCACGCCCGCAUGAUCAUCGACUCGCGUGGUAACCCCACGGUCGAGGUCGAUGUGACGACGGCCAAGGGCCUCUUCCGCGCCGCCGUCCCCUCGGGCGCCUCGACGGGCAUCCACGAGGCCGUCGAGCUGCGCGACGGCGACAAGGCCAACUGGGUCGGCAAGGGCGUCCAGAAGGCCAUUGACAACGUCAACAACGUCAUCGGCCCGGAGCUCAUCAAGGCCGCCAUCGCCGUCACCAGCCAGAAGGAGGUCGACGACUUCCUCAUCAAGCUCGACGGCUCCCCCAACAAGGGCAAGCUCGGCGCCAACGCCAUCCUCGGCGUCUCGACCGCCAUCGCCAAGGCCGGCGCCGGCGAAAAGGGCCUCCCCCUCUACGCCUACCUCGCCGAGCUCGCCGGAACCAAGAAGCCCUACGUCCUCCCCGCCCCCGCCAUGAACGUCAUCAACGGCGGCUCCCACGCCGGCAACGCCCUCGCCUUCCAGGAGUUCAUGAUUGUCCCCACCGGCGCCAAGUCGUUUACCGAGUCGAUCAAGAUCGGCACCGAGGUCUACCACACUCUCAAGAAGGUCAUCCAGGCCAAGUACGGCAUCGACGCCACCAACGUCGGUGACGAGGGCGGCUUCGCCCCCAACGUCGGCUCGGCCGACGAGGCCCUCGAGAUCCUCAGCGAGGCCAUCAGCAAGGCCGGCUACGAGGGCAAGGUGCACAUCUCGCUCGACGUCGCCUCGUCCGAGUUCUACAAGGAGGGCAAGUACGACCUCGACUUCAAGAACCCCAACUCGGACCCCUCCAAGUGGCUCUCGGGCAAGGAGCUCGCCGACGUCUACCUCGGCUUCAUCAAGCAGUACCCCAUUGCGUCGAUCGAGGACCCCUUUGACCAGGACGACUGGGAGGCCUGGUCCCACCUCCGCGCCAACGCCGGCGUCACCAUCAUUGGCGACGACCUCACCGUCACCAACCCGCUCCGCAUCAAGACGGCCAUCGAGAAGAAGGCCUGCAACGGCCUCCUCCUCAAGAUCAACCAGAUCGGCACCAUCUCCGAGUCGAUCCAGGCCGCCCAGCUCUCCCAGUCCGACAACUGGGCCGUCAUGGUCUCCCACCGCUCCGGAGAGACCGAGGACACCUCCAUCGCAGACCUCGUCGUCGGCCUCCGCACCGGAAUCAUCAAGACCGGCGCCCCCUGCCGAGCGGAACGUACCUGCAAGCUCAAUGAGCUCCUCAGGAUUGAGGAGGCCGAGCCGAACGCCGUCUACGCCGCACUCGACGGUUUCACGCAGGGCGACGCCGCGCCCAAGGUGCUCCAGUAG